AUGGCCAGCUCCAGCUCAACACCCUACUAUGUCCACGAUGACCAUGACGAUGAAUCAAUACUGGAUGACGGCGUGAUUGAGGCCGAUGAUGCAAUCGACGCCGACGACCCCCUCCACGAAACAGACCGCACCCCCCUCCGCGGCAACAUCGAGCCCGACUCAUCCAAUUCCCGCGGCGGCGCCAGCACCGGCAACAACAUCUCCGGCGGCUUCCUCACCUCCCGCAUCCCCGGCGAAGACCGCCGCGCGCCGCAGAACACCAUCGACGAGACCGUAUGGCAGACGCUCUCGCGCGACCUCCUGGCGGUCUGGGAGAAGAUGCGCCAGGUCCUCUACCCCAAGUACCUGAUCGGCGGCAUGUUGCAGCGCGGCGGGGGCGGCAUUGGGGCUGCAGAGCGCGGCGAGGCCUCGGGCUUUGGAGGCGGCGUGAGGAAUGUGCUUGGGCGCUGGCCCGAUGCGGAUGUUGUGCUGCAGGGGGGCAUGAGUGAGGGGUUGAGGGAUUGGGAUUUAUGGGGCCCGCUGAUCUUCUGCUUGCUGUUGAGCAUGUUCCUCUCUAUGGCGAAGGGCGACCAGUCGGAUUUGGUGUUUUCGGGGGUGUUUUGCCUCGUCUGGAUUGGAGAGGCGGUUGUGACGCUGCAGAUCAAGUUGCUGGGUGGGAAUAUUUCGUUCUUCCAGUCUGUCUGUAUCAUUGGUUACACGCUCUUCCCUCUUGUCAUCGCCGCCCUUCUCAGCGCACUCGGUCUCCCAACGAUUGUGCGGAUACCGGUUUACCUCGUCUUGAUUGCCUGGUCUCUGGCUGCGGGAGUGAGUAUCCUUGGUGGCUCUGGCGUCUUGCGGAACCGUGUCGGUAUUGCGGUAUAUCCGCUCUUCGUCUUUUAUAUUGCGAUUGGGUGUCUUUGCUUUAUCAGUUAA